CUUUUUUGUCACUUGUUCUCAUAAACUCGGGACUUAUUUUUUGGAUUGGACAUUGCAAUUAACAAUGGUUGGUUUCAGCAUUCUUUCAUCCUUAUUUGCGAUUACGAUGGUCGCACAAUCAUCAUCGGGACUAGUUAGACGUCAAAUUUCAACGUGUGCAGGAGUUGGAUCUAUUUGUCGCGUUGAUCAUAACACCAUCCUCAAUUCUACUGGAUACGAUUAUACACUUGACGGAGAUAUUUGCUCCUGUCCGACCAGACAGGUGUGCAACCCUGUGUUCAUCAAUGAUGACUCUGGAACACAAUAUGAUAUGUUCUAUAGGGUUGCAUAUGGAGGAACUGGAGGAAUUUUCGUAUGUCAGGGAUAGGUCAACAUAUACUGUAUCCACGAACUCGUCCUAAAAACACUACAAUCUAAGACUUCAUGGGUUGUGUACCUUUUGUUGUCAGAAGUAACGGGUUUACGGAAAUCCAGGUAUCAACGACAGCAAUGAUUAGGUCGUUGAGUUCGAUUAUUAUAAAUUAUUUUCGGGGUUUUGUAAUCGACACGCUCCUUGCAUCAGAUGGCUCUAAACCUGGUGUUUUUUCUAUAAGUUUAGUGUUUUUUUCGGGACUUUCAUACUUGUUCCACUUGGUCAUGUGAAAUCAAAGGUCCGACUGUAAGCCUACAUUAAAGCCGAGAAACAAAUUUGACUGGGCCAAUUAUAGCGAGGACAGAUCUAUCAGAGUUGCA